CAGAACCGCGUUACAGCGCCACUUAACAGCAGAAGCUAGAAGACAAAGCAAACGUCAAUGGCGUCCACCACAAACUUCCAAUCCUUCAACCUUCACACUUGACACUCUCAUACUGCAUAGCAUACCAUACUAGUAGUGCUUGAAGAAGCAGCAGCAGCAAAUCAUGGACGUCGCCAAGCAAUUUAAACGUCCGAAACCCAAACUCGACCGCCAAAACGCCAUUAAGAACGUCGACUACGACGCCUCUACCUCCUCCCCUUCCUCAUCCUCCUCGCGCGGCCGUCACUCCCCUCUCUAUGACCACCAAACCAGUUUCCGCGUCAGAGGCAUUGACGGCGAAUUCGACCUCAUCUGCCGCAGCCUCGGGCUUUCCGGCCCCGAAGACUUCGCCAUCCCAAUCGCCGCUUGGGAAGCCCAGCGGGCCUGCAUUUCCUCCCACGUCACCCCUCGCUCUCGCCUCCACGAUCAGAAUCAUCAUCCUCAGUUGCGCGACAGAGCAAACGUUGACGUUUUGGAGAAGAAGUCCGAAGCCAGGGUUAUGCAGCUCGACAGUGAAAUCAAGGCUUCGAGUUUGGCAGAAUUUGGGGGAAAUGGAAGAAACGGCGGUGCUGGUGGAGGAAUUAAAGGUCUCCGCCCGCCUCCGGUUGUAUUGAAAUCUUUUUCCCCUCAGGAGGACCACAUUGGUGUAAAUUCGCUGAAUCGCGUUGGCAAUGUGAGCUAUUCGGAUGAAGAGGAGCUUGCAAAUGAAGCAAAUAGCGAAAGGGAAUCGGUAAACGAAGCAAAUGACGAGUGUUUGUCAUCCAACUCAUCUCCAUCCAAUGACAAUAAUGAUGAUCAAAAUGCAGAUGACAAAGCUGGUUUUGUUGGCAUUGUAAGAAUGGACCCGGAGCCAAUCCAUAGUAUUUUUUCACCGAAUGGGAAAUUCAGGCGGAGUCUUUCGUCAUCGUGGCAAAAAGGUCAGCUUUUGGGAAGUGGUUCUUAUGGCACUGUGUAUGAAGGCUUCACUGACGAUGGAUUCUUUUUUGCUGUAAAGGAGGUUUCUCUACUGGAUCAAGGGAGCCAGGGGAAGCAGUGCGUUAUCCAACUUGAACAGGAGAUUUCUCUUUUAAGUCAGUUUGAACAUGACAACAUAGUUCAAUAUCUGGGCACAGACAAGGAUGAAACUAAGCUCUAUAUCUUCCUCGAGCUUGUAACAAAAGGCUCACUUGCAAAUCUAUAUCAGAAGUAUCACUUGAGGGAUUCUCAAGUCUCUGGGUUUACAAGGCAGAUUUUAAGCGGGUUGACAUAUCUUCAUGAUCGUAAUGUGGUUCACAGGGAUAUCAAAUGUGCUAAUAUAUUGGUGGAUGCAAGUGGAUCUGUGAAACUUGCCGACUUUGGGUUAGCCAAGGCAACCAAAUUUAAUGACGUGAAGUCUUGCAAAGGGACUGCUUAUUGGAUGGCGCCUGAGGUUGUUAAUCUAAGGAAUCGUGGCUAUGGGCUUGCAGCUGACAUAUGGAGCCUUGGAUGCGCUGUGUUAGAGAUGUUAACCCGCCGGCCUCCAUACUCUCACCUGGAAGGCAUGCAAGCAUUAUUUCAGAUUGGCAAGGGUGAACCUCCUCCAGUUCCUGAUUCGUUAUCAAGCGAUGCACAAGAUUUCAUUUUGAAAUGUUUACAAGUUAACCCUAAUAGUCGACCUACUGCGGCUCAGCUACUGAACCAUCCAUUUGUGAAAAGGCCACUCCACGCAUCCUCUGUCCCAGCUUCUCCUCACUGCAACAGUUUUCAUUCGUGAAUGCUUUGGUCAACAAACCUCAGUGAUAUCGUAAGGUAAUAUAGAGGAACUGGUACAGCAAUUUACUUCCCUUCAUACGUGCUUAGCAAUUGAAUCUAUAUACGCUGUCAAGCCAUGUUAGAGCAUUAGCUUCCACGAACGUGGUUUGGGGAAGGGGAUAUGCUUCCAAUAUUUUCGCAAAGAUGCGAAUGGCUUGCGAAUCAAAGAAAGCACCUCUUGGUCCUUUUGUGUGAAUCUACAAUAUUAGGGACUUGACGGACCAGAGAAGCUCGUUCAAGGAGAUGAACUGUGCAUAGCCUUCUAUCCGCCGCCCGAUUAUUCAUUGAACUGGUUGGUCCUGGUACGGCAAAACUGACCCCGAAUGCUUGAAAAUGAUGUAUGCUAGUCGACAAGUUUGCGAGCAAUAUCACGGGUACUUGUACAUUACUUAGAGGGCAAGUUGUUUUACGAAGCUACCUUGUUUCUGGGGGGGAAUUAAUUGUAAUUAGAACAAAACAGGAUGAAGCACAUGUUGUAGAUUAUUGACUUGCUGUAAAUAAUUUUUGUGAUAACCUCCUGGUGGGUACAACUCAAUUGAAUAUGAGGCUCGGUGGAUUUGCAUCAAGCCCGUUUGAUAACCUAAUCCACCGAGCAUGUUUGAUAACC